GACCCUUUUAUUUCUGCAAUUUGUAUUUCCUUUUAUCAUUCAAUUUAAGAUCGACCACAGUCUGGUUUUCUAUUUCCGUCUCUUUUAUUUAUUGAUUAAUCUUCCAAAAUUUUUGGAGUAGUAUCCGCAAACUAUAUAUUUUCUCUGCAAGAGAUUUUGAAUGGAAGAAGACAAGACUCGAAUCAAGUUCAAGAGGGUUUGUGUGUUCUGUGGAAGCAACUCCGGCCACAGGGAAGUCUUCAGUGAUGCUGCUCUUGAAUUAGGCAAUGAACUGGUGAAGAGGAAGAUAGACUUGGUCUAUGGUGGUGGAAGUGUUGGGUUGAUGGGUUUGAUAUCCCAGAGAGUGUAUGAUGGCGGUUGUCAUGUUCUUGGGAUUAUUCCAAAAGCUCUCAUGCCUCUUGAGAUAUCUGGCCAGACUGUUGGAGAAGUAAGAACAGUAUCAGACAUGCAUGAGCGUAAAGCUGAGAUGGCCCGAGAGGCUGAUGCCUUUAUUGCUCUUCCUGGAGGAUACGGAACCAUGGAAGAGCUACUGGAGAUGAUAACCUGGUCCCAACUUGGAAUUCAUAAGAAAACAGUGGGUCUGCUAAAUGUAGAUGGCUACUACAAUAAUUUGCUUGCAUUAUUUGAUAAUGGUGUUGCAGAAGGUUUUAUCAAGCCUGGUGCUCGGCAUAUAGUAGUCUCUGCUCCAACAGCCAGAGAACUUUUGGAAAAAAUGGAGCAAUACACUCCUUUCCAUGAACACGUUGCUCCUCAUGAAAGCUGGCAGAUGGAGCAACUUGGUAAUUAUCCAAGGUAACAAAAAGGCGCUCUGAAGGGUUUGUGGUAUCUCUCCUCAAUUGCCUCCUGAUGUGAUUCAUCAUUAUUUGAGUUGGUGUACGAUGGUCUAUUUGGAUGGGGCCCCUUAAUGUCUAUUACCAUGUACUUUUUCAUUGUUUGUGGUUUGAAUUCUAUUUUAGAUGUUUACCCCGUAGUCCCAAUUUAGGAGCAAUUGCUCAGUCAGUCAUAAUAACUAGUUACAACAUAAUAAAGGGCAAAGAUACUCUGAAUUGCAAAUAUAUGCCAAAUGUUCUAAUGUUCAGUGAGGUGGCCCCAAACUCCUUUGGAAAAAACUGGGUUAGUUGGGGGCAACUCGGAUUUUUAGCAGAAGCUAUAGAAUCCCAAGCAAAUGAUUUGAAUUAUUUUGUUGAGAUUUUGUAAUUGAUGUUUUGUUUUAUU